GCUCCGGGCGCCAUGGCGGUGGUGCACCGGCUGGCGGCGGGCUGGCUGCUGGAUCACCUCUCCUUCAUCAACCACUGCGGCUACGAGGUGCGGGAGUGGCCUGCCGGGCCUGGAGCCGGCGCUGCUGCCCCGGGCCCUGCGGCGCCCUGCGUGCCGGGGGGCAGGCCCGAGCCGGGCCGAGCCGGGCGGGGAGCCGCCGGCAGGAGAUUCGUGUUCCGGGAGGAGCUCUUCGACGUCCCUCAGCCGCACAUAGCUGCAGCUGCCGGGGAGCGGCUGCGGCAGGGCUGCCCCGGCCCGAGCCCCGCGGCGGCAGCCGGAGCGGCCAGCGGCAGGGCGCAGCAGGCGGCAGGAGCCCGGGGCGGUGCCGCAGGCCCCGUGUGCGCCGCGGCGAAGCAGAAGCGCAGGAGGCAGCGGGAGCUGAACUCGGGGGAGGAGCAGGCCCUGCAGUACCAUGCCAAGGUCAGAAAGUUCAUCUGGGAGGGCACCCUGGGCUUGGUGCAGGAAGGCCUCAGGAGUGGAUUCCUUCACCCCACUGCUGCAGGACCGGGCCACAAGAGGAGAGCUGUCCCUGGGCACACUGUCUGUGGGCUGGCUGAGCUGUGUGACAUGGCCAAGCAGUUCCCAGGCAUGGGGGCAGACCAGCAGAGCCCUGUGCAGGUGCUGGGUGAGGAGAGCUCCCUUGCAGAGCAGGACCUGCUCUGCUGCCUCACAGAGAACGCCUCCAGCUCUGCCAAGAUCGUCGUGGUCAUGGGGCAGCAGUACCUGGUGCCACCGAGGAGCAGCUUCCUGCUCUCUGACGUCUCCUGCCUGCAGCCCCUGCUGAGCUGCAAGAAGAAGUUCGAUGUCAUUGUGCUGGACCCGCCCUGGGAGAACAAGUCCCUGAAGAGGAGCAAAAGGUACAGCACCCUGGCACCCUGGCAGAUCCAGCAGCUCCCUGUGCCUGCGCUGGCAGCGCCCAGCUGCCUGGUGCUCACCUGGGUGACCAACAGGCAGAGGCACCUGCGCUUCGUCAGGGACCAGCUCUACCCUCACUGGGCUCUGCAGCCCCUGGCAGAGUGGCACUGGGUCAAGAUCACCAGAGCUGGAGAGUUUGUGCUGCCGCUGGACUCGCCGCACAAGAAGCCCUACGAGGUGCUGGUGCUGGGGAGAGCUCCAGGAGACGCCAGGGAGGCCUUCAGGGCCCCGCAGGCCGAGGCUGCCGUCCCGGAGCAGAAGCUGAUCGUCAGUGUGCCCUGCAGGCUGCACUCGCACAAGCCCCCCCUGGCCGGGGUGCUGGCAGAGUUUGUCAAGCCAGAGGUGCAGUGCCUGGAGAUGUUUGCCCGCAGCCUGCAGCCUGGCUGGACCAGCUGGGGAAACGAGGUCCUGAAGUUUCAGCACAUGGAUUAUUUCACUCCACUAAGGGAUGAGAGCUGACCUGGCCCUUUGUGCCCCCACUCUGCAGCUCUGUUCCUUCUCCUCAGCCUGCUGCUGCCACUGAUGGUGUGCUCAGAAGGUACCAGAACCCCAGCGUGGGGGGGGGCGGGGGGAAGAGACCUCUGGAGAUCUUCUGGCCCAACCAUGGUCACCCACAGCAGCUGCCCAGCAGCACAGUGCCCAGCUGGGGCUGGAAGCUCUCCACACAAGCAGACUGCACAACCUCUCUGGGCAGCCUGCUCCAGCCCUCCAGCACCCUCACACCAAACAACUUUCUCCUGGCUUCCCCUUUCUGUCCCCUGGCCUGUUGCUGAGCACCACUGGGAAAAUCUGCCCCCAUCCCACCCCCUUCAGCUCCUGUCUUGCACCCCAAGCUGCUUGUGCUGACUGAUUAAAGGUUUCUUAGCAGUG